CAAUUUACACCGCGCGUGCAUUGGUAUUUGAACGAUCGCUCUCUCCACCGUUGACAGAUCCCAGUUUGACGUAAAUCGCCUCGGUUGCUUUGUUUAUCUGCGAAGAUGCUGCGUUUGCGGAUUGUUUUGUUAAGUUUUGUGAGUGUUUUAUCGUUUUUGGGGCCGGUUAGUGGAGGAUUACCACUGGUGGCCACUACUUGGGGCUUCACAAAUGCCACUCUGAGAGCGUACCAAUCGCUAACAGUUGGUGAGUUUGAUCCGAUUGAAGCGCUAGUUGAAGGAUGCAGUGUUUGCGAACGGGAGCAGUGCGAUGGAACGGUCGGGUACGGUGGCAGUCCGGAUGAGAAUGGGGAAACAACGCUGGACGCGAUGCUGAUGGAUGGUAAGACGAUGGAUAUCGGUGCGGUAGCGGCAUUGCGCGAUGUGAAGCAUGCGGCCGAGGUGGCAAAGUAUGUGUUACGGAACACCAAGCAUACGCUGCUGGUUGGCAGCCAGGCUACGGAGUUUGCUGUUAUGAUGGGGUUCAAGAAGGAGUCACUGCAAACAGAAGCAUCUAAGAGUAUGUGGAGCGCAUGGCAAAAAGAUCACUGUCAGCCGAACUUUUGGAAGAAUGUGAUUCCCUCUCCAUCGAUGUCUUGCGGUCCAUAUGAACCAGUGUCAGCCAACUCCAUCGUCCGUACUUCAUCCUCUUCCUCAGAGAAUCUCUCCGAUCGGUCAGAUUAUGACUUUGGCCAGUACAACCACGACACCAUUAGUAUGAUCGUGAUCAACGAAGAAAAGCACGUGGUGGCAGGUACAUCCACGAAUGGAGCUCGUCAUAAGAUCCCCGGUCGUGUUGGAGACUCCCCAAUUCCUGGAGCGGGAGCAUACGCUGACGCGGAAGUAGGUGCCGCAGUGGCCACAGGAGACGGUGAUGUCAUGAUGCGCUUUUUACCUUCCCUGCUAGCUGUGGAAGCGAUGCGUAGUGGCCUAAGCCCAGCCGAGGCAGGUCAGAAGGCCAUGGAAAGGAUUGCCAAAUAUUAUCCUUCCUUCGUAGGUGGAAUUGUGGUUGUGGCAAAGGAAGGCCAGUAUGGAGCUGCUUGUCACGGUAUGGAACAGUUUCCGUACUCGAUAGCUGAUGGUGCCGUGGCGAAUGGUGAAGUGCGUGUGCUGACUGUUAAAUGUCAAACAAAUUAGUUAAAACUAAAAAAUAAAAUCAUCGAGUUCCAAAUAAAUUGAAGCUGAAAAAAUACGCCCCAAACUGU